UGAACUAGUCUUAUUGCUGCAAGGCCAACUUAAAAGCCUCUGCAUCCCACCACCGCCACCACCAUGGAUUUACUGCACAAAUCCAGACUACCAUCCUCCUUCUAGCCCUUGCUGCUCUUCCAAGCUCCCAUCCAUGGCUCCUCUCUUCUUCCUCCUCCUAUUCGGCCAAAUCCUUCUCUGUGCGGCCGUCGACACCAUCAAUUCCACCACACCGCUGUCUGGGACACAGAAGAUCGUGUCCCCAGGCAACAAAUUCAUCUUGGGCUUCUACUCCCCAACUCAAAGCAACACCGCCUCUUCCGGCUCCGGCAACUACUACAUAGCCAUAUGGUACAGCAACAUACCGAUACAGACCACCGUGUGGACGGCAACCACCAACGUGCCGGUGUCAGACCCGACCACAGCCUCCUUCGAAAUCGCCACCGACGGCAACCUCGUCCUCCUUGAUCAAGCCAAGAACCAGCAGCUAUGGUCAACCAACGUAAGUGUAGCCCCCAACUCCACCAUGGCCAUCAUCAGGGACAGCGGUAGCCUCGACCUCAUCGAUGCAUCCAAUUCAUCGAUCAUUUACUGGCGAAGCCUCGACCAUCCAACAAACACUUGGCUACCGGGGGGCAAGCUUAUGCUGAACAAGACCACGGGUGUGACCCAGAGGCUUUUUCCUUGGAAGAACAACGCAGACCCAUCUCCUGGGUUGUUCUCUCUGGAGCUAGACCCCAACGGCACAGCACAGUACUUCAUCCAGUGGAAUAAAUCCAUAAACUACUGGACCAGUGGCACCUGGAACGGGGUUAUCUUUAGUCUCGUGCCGGAGAUGACAGCCGGUUACAACUACGACUUCCAGUUCAUCAACAACGCCACAGAAAACUACUUCACCUACACUAUGAAGGACAAUUCAAUCCUCUCCCGGUUGAUCAUGGACACCAAUGGACAGAUCAAGCAGUGGACUUGGGUUCCUUCCUCACAACAGUGGAUCUUGUUCUGGGCGCAGCCAAAGACGCAGUGUGAGGUGUAUGCGGUCUGUGGGGUGUAUGGCAGCUGCAACGCCAAUACCCUGCCCUUCUGCAACUGCAUCAAAGGGUACAGCCAGAAGGUUCAGAGUGAUUGGGAUCUUCAGGAUUUCAGUGGUGGGUGCAAGAGGAACGUACCAUUGCAGUGCCAGACCAACUCCAGCUCCGGACAGGCUAAGCCUGAUAAGUUCUAUACCAUGGCAGGCGUGAGGCUACCUGAUAACGCACAGAGUGCAGCUGGCACGAGCUCUAGAGAGUGUGAGGUGGCUUGUCUGAGCAACUGUUUAUGCAAUGCUUACACUUACAAUUCGAGUGGCUGCUUUGUCUGGCCUGCGGACCUGGUGAACCUCCAAGAAGGAUAUAGUGGAAAUGGAGUAGGCACACUCUUCCUCAGGCUUGCAGCAUCCGAGCUGCCAGACCCAAAAAAGAGCAAGACUGCAAUCAUUGGUGGAGUUAUUGGCGGAGUUGCCGCAGUUUUGAUAAUUCUUGCGAUUGUGCUGUUCUUCCUAUUUCAGAAGCGUCGCCGAGACAGGACUCUUCGGGUAUCCAAGACUGCUGGGGGCGCACUCAUUGCCUUCAGGUACAGUGAUCUCCAGCAUGUCACCAACAACUUCGCAGAGAAGCUCGGGGGAGGUGCCUUCGGCUCAGUGUUCAAAGGGAAGCUCCCGGAUUCAACUGCCAUUGCUGUGAAGAGGCUCGAUGGGUUCCAUCAAGGGGAGAAGCAAUUCCGUGCCGAGGUAAGCACGAUUGGGACAACCCAGCAUGUCAAUUUGGUCCGCCUUCUUGGGUUCUGUUCCGAAGGAUCAAGGAAGCUGCUUGUGUAUGAGUUCAUGCCAAAGGGAUCCCUGGAAGUGCAACUGUUCCCUGGUGAGACAACCACAUUGAGCUGGGCCAUUAGGUACCAAAUUGCACUUGGAACAGCAAGAGGCCUAAACUACCUGCAUGAAAAAUGUAGGGAUUGCAUCAUACACUGUGAUGUCAAGCCAGAUAACAUACUCUUGGAUGAGUCCUUUGUACCAAAAGUGUCAGAUUUUGGUUUAGCAAAGCUCUUAGGCCGGGACUUCAGCCGUGUUUUGACGACGAUGAGGGGAACAAGGGGUUACCUUGCACCCGAAUGGAUCAGCGGCGUGCCUAUAACAGCCAAGGCAGAUGUAUUCAGUUAUGGCAUGAUGCUCUUGGAAAUCAUAUCAGGCAGGAGGAAUGCUGAUCAUGGAGAUGACGCUUUCUUCCCAACCCUGGCUGCAAGCAUGCUACAUGAAGGGGAUGUGCAGACCUUGUUGGACCCCAGGCUCAAAGGAGAUGCAGAUCAUGAUGAGCUCACGAGGGCUUGUAAGGUUGCUUGUUGGUGCAUCCAAGAUGAUGAAAGCACUAGACCCACCACAGGUCAGAUCGCCCAAAUCCUAGAGGGGUUACUUGAUGUGAACAUGCCUCCCGUUCCAAGAUCAUUGGCGGUUCUUGGUGAAAGCCCCAAUGCCAUAAACUUCUUCUCAGAUCUGUCUUCAAGCCAGACUACACAGACGCAAAACAGCACGACAUCUUCCCAGACACAUAGUGCUACUUCAGGCAGUUCACAGCCUUAAACUUUUAACAAGAGAACCCUGCAGUUUAUAAGGGGCAAGGUAUUUACAUGUUUAAAUAGUGCUAUGAGUAACCAGAAGUUGUACUCUGUAGAAACUAGCUUUUAUGUUGUUCUAUGUAUCUAUUUAAACAUUGCAGGCUCACAGCAGAGUUGAAUAACCAAUAUGACAGCAAGACUACUGUUACAUUUAA